AGUACCUCUUAUCAGGGCCACAGGUUGCCUUAGCACUGGAACCAGGCUGUGACAUCAUUAUUAGUAUAAACGGUAAGGAUCUUUUUUCUCCUCCCAUUUGAACUGCUGGCUGUGAGCUCCCGCGUUCGCCGAGAUCUACAACCUGACACGGAUCAAGAUGAUGACAUAUCAAACUGAAGUGGUCAGCACACAGCCUCAGGUGACAGUCACCAGUUACUCUGUCUCCACUGGUUCCUCUGACUGGAGCUCCAACCUCUGUGACUGCUGUGAUGACUGUGGCAUCUGCCUCUGUGGUGCAUUUAUCCCCUGCAUCCUUGGCUGUAAGGUGGCACAGGACCAUGGUGAUACCUGCUGUCUACCCUUUCUGCCUGGAGCCAUGAUUGCGUUACGAACCAGCAUUCGUGACAAAUACCGGAUCAAUGGGUCCAUCUGUGAUGACUGGUUGGUUAUGGCCUGCUGCCCAUUAUGUGGUCUCUGCCAGAUGGCUCGGGAACAAAAGAUGAGGGGCUGAGGAAUCCAAAAAGUCAGGGACAUGAUGCCUGGUGGCUUCCUGAUGACAAAACUUCCUCUUCCACAUGUUAAUUUAUAGAUAAAUAAUAACUAGUCAUAGGAGUACUUUACUGUAGACUGCCUUGUACAAUAUUAUUAAUAUUGCAAUAAUAAUCAUAUUAUUAUUGUUAUUAUUAUUAUUAUUAUUAUUAUUAUUAUUAUUAUUAUACAUUUUGACUACCCAGUUCAAUAAAAUAUUUGUUUUGGA